AUGUCUCGUGACCGGGAUCCGAUAGUGGUCGGCCGCGUGGUCGGGGAUGUCCUGGACCCGUUCACCAGGACCGUUCAAAUCAGGGUGGUCUACAACAGCCGGGAAGUCUCCAACGGCUGCGAGUUCAAGCCGUCCGCCGUCGCCGGUCCGCCGCGCGUGGACGUCGGGGGAGGCGACAUGAGGGCUCUCUAUACACUCGUAAGUGAAGACCACCACGACGAGGCUUUCCUCCCUUCUGUGACGCCGUCUUUCUCACCUUCUCCCUCCUCUCUCCUUCUUUCUCUCCUCUUCCGAAGGUGAUGAUCGAUCCCGACGCCCCCAGCCCCAGCAACCCGACCUCCAGGGAGUACUUACAGUGGUGGGUUCUCCCCCAACCUCAAUCAACCCUCCACUGCCUCAUCUCUCUCUUCGCGCCAGUGAAUAACACCACCUGUUUUCUUCCUUCUUGCUGUUCUAGGUUGGUGACGGACAUCCCCGGGACGACUAACGCUACGUUCGGUGAGUUCUCCAGAUCUUUUCCCCUCCCCCUCGCCUCAUCUUUCUCCCCUCGGUCCUUGAAUUAGCUCACAGCACCCCCACCUACUGACAGAAAUUAUCGAAAACGUGACAGGCAACGAGGUUGUGGCCUACGAGAGCCCCCGUCCGACGGUCGGCAUCCAUCGCUUCGUGUUCGUUCUCUUCCGGCAGCUCGGCAGGCAGGCCGUGUACGCGCCGGGCUGGAGGCAGCAGUUCAACACCAGGGACUUCGCGGAGGUGUACGAUCUCGGGCCCCCGGUGGCCGCCCUGUACUUCAAUUGCCAGAGAGAGACUGGCUCGGGUGGGAGGAGGUUCAGAUAG